CCGGUGGCUCUGCGGCAGCCUCUGUCGCGCUGUGGCCUGCACAGGCCGCGGGAGCCGUAGGGACGACGCCGGCAGCCGGGAAAUGGACCCAGUGGCCUUUGAAGAUGUGGCUGUGAAGUUCACCCUGGAGGAGUGGGCUCUGCUGAACCCUUUGCAGAAGAAACUCUACAGAGAUGUGAUGCAGGAAACCUUCAGGAACUUGGCCUCAGUAGGGAAAAAAUGGGACUAUCAUGACAUUGAAGAUCAGUACAAAAUCCAAGGGAGAAAUCUAAGAAGUACUAUGGGAGAGAGACUCUGUGAAAGUAAAGAAGGUAGUCAGUGUGGAGAAACCAUCAGCCAGAUUCUAAGUCUUAAUCUGAACAAAAAACCUCCUAUUGGAGUAAAACCAUGUGAAUGCAGUGUGUGUGGAAAAGUCUUUGUGCGUCAUUCAUCCCUUAAUAGGCACAUCAGAUGUCACACCCAACACAAACCAUAUGAGUAUCAGGAAUCUGGAGAGAAGCCAUAUAAAUGUAAAGAAUGUGGAAAAGCCUUCAGUUAUCUCCAAUCUUUUCAAAAACAUGAAAGAAAUCACAAUGGAAAGAAACCCUUUAAAUGUAAGGAAUGUGGGAAAACCUUCAGUUUUCACCAAUCAAUUCAAAGACAUGAAUGGACUCACACUGGAGAGAAACCCUAUGAAUGUAAAAAAUGUGGAAAAGCCUUCAUUUAUCGCCAGUCUUUUCAAAAACAUGAAAGAAAUCACAAUGGACAGAAACCCUUUACAUGUAAUAAAUGUGGGAAAGCUUUCAGUUACCGCCAGUCUGUUCAAAGGCAUGAAAGGACACACACUGAGAAUCCUUAUGAAUGUAAAAAAUGUAGGAAAAUCUUUAGUUCAUCUCUAGAUUUACAAAUACAUGAAAGAACUCACACUGGAGAGAAACCCUAUGCAUGCAAGGUAUGUGGGAAAACCUUCACUUACAUCACAAGUAUUCGAACACACAUGAUAUUGCACACAGGAGAUGGACCUUAUAAAUGUAAAGAAUGCGGAAAAGCAUUCAAUAAUCCCAGUACAUUUAGAAUACAUGAAAGAACUCACACUGGAGAGAAACCCUAUGAAUGUAAGAAAUGUGGAAAAGCCUUCAGUUAUCUCCAAUCCUUUCAAGUGCAUGAAAGAACUCACACUGGAGAGAAACCCUAUGAAUGUAAGGAAUGUGGAAAAGCCUUCAUUUAUCACACAGUCUUUCGAGGACACAUGAGAGUGCACACUGGAGAGAAACCCUAUAAAUGUAAAGAAUGUGGGAAAGCCUUCAGUCGUCCCAGCACAUUUCAAAGCCAUGAAAGAACUCACACUGGAGAGAGACCUCUUAAAUGUAAGCAUUGUGGGAAAGCUUUUAAUUGGCCCUCAUCCUUAAAAAGCCAUGUGAUGAGAAAGCACAAUGGAUAGCAAGCCUAUAAAUGUGAAAACUAGAAGAAAGGUUUCAAUUUUAACAAAUACUUUCGAAGUCAUGUGAAAACUCCCACUGGAGAGAAAUCCUAUAAAUGUAAGUAAUAGGAGAAAGCCUGAUGCAAAUUAACUCAUGUAUAAUAAGCCAUAAAAUUCAGAAUGUGAAAGAACUGUUGUAAGAUCAUGAUAACCUUAAGCAAAUAGUCCUUUAUUUCUCCAGCAAAAAUGGAUUUAUUCUUGAUAGCAAAGAAUUACAAUUCAGGAUCUGCAACCAUGGUGAACCAUAUGCAAGCACUGAGCAACAAGGGGAGGAGAAACUCGUGUAUAGAGGGGAUGAGGAAGUUGGGAGGGCUGUUGUAAACAAAGAGUCCAUUGGAGGAGACUGGGAGUUCAGAGUGUAGUGGCUUUUCAUUGGCUGAUUGUGACAGCCUCUCAUCAGCUGAGCUGUUGCUGGGGAAGAAGAGGAAGUCUUUCUUCUUCCUUUUGGGCUCUGCAGUCAUUGAAGGACAUGAGAGCUCCCCCUCUGGCCUCCUCACUCCAUUUUACAUGAGUUUUCUGUUUAUUAAUUUUCAAAAUUAUAAAUACGUUGUCUUUAUCAGUGCCUCAUUCUUAGAGUGGAUCUCUGGAUUUCUACUUCAUACUUUCGCAAAUAAACAUUGAGAUGAGAUAAUUCUCUAGGUACGCUUUAAGCAUUAGUACAUAAAUUUAUUUAUUUUUGCUGAGGAAGACUGGCCCUGAGCUAACAUCUAUUGCCAAUCCUCCUCCUCUUUUUUUGUCCCUUUUUCUUCCCAAGGCCCCAGUAGUUGUAUGUCAUAGUUGCACAUCCUUUCUAGUUGCUGUAUGUGGGACGCCGCCUCAGCAUGGCCGGACAAGCAGUGCGCCAGUUCGUGCCCAGGAUCCAAACCCAGGCCGCCAGUAGUAGAGUGCGUGCACUUAACCACUAAGCCACAGGGCCAGCCCUAGUACAUAAAUUUAAUAGGUAGUGUUUUUUUCUCUUAAAUCAGUUAAUAAAAUUUUUGUCUUUCCAUUUUGAAGUCUUGAAUCCAUGGGUGAAUUAGAGAGUAUUUCUAAUAUGCAAGUGGAUUUAAUUUUCUAUAAUUUUGUGUUAUUUUAGUAUAAUAUUUUAAUUGUUCUGUGAGGGACCAUUGAAAAAUGACAUUUUGGUAUUUGUUGGGAUUUUCCUAUUGGCCUCGUGUGGCAGGUGCUGGAUAUUCCUUACCCAUUAUAAAUAGUCCUCCUUUCUUAUGAGAAAAGCUUUCUUUUUCUUUCAUCAGAAGAGCCUUAUUUCCAUUUUCCUUGCUAAUAAAUAGUUGGCAUAAAUUUGUAAGUAUGCAAAGUUUAUCAUUGAGUAUAAUCUCACUUGAAUUACUAUUUGCAUCUUUUCCAUUUAUUCUUUAUCAUUGCUUCUGACUAUGCUUUGGAUAAUAGACUUUACAUUAAGAAAAGAGACCUGUGGGGCCUGCCCAGUGGCACAGCAGUUAAGUGUGCACUCCCUGCUUUGGCGGCCCUAGGGUUCGCAGGUUCGGAUCCCAGGUGCGCACUGACGCACUGCUUGUCAAGCCAUGCUGUGGCGGCAUCCCAUAUAAAGUGGAGGAAGAUGGGCAUGGAUGUUAGCUGAGGGCCAAUAUUCCUCAGCAAAAAAGAGGAGGAUUGGCAUCGGAUGUUAGCACAGUGCUGAUCUUCCUCACAAAAAAAAAGAAAAGAGACCUGUGAUAGGACAGUAAAAUGUAGAAUUGGAGAUGGCUCUCCUGGAAUGUAUUAUGUCAAUAUGGCUAAUGUUGUAACCUACAUUUUCUAGAACUUGUUCUUUUUAUGGUUCCAUGUUAGAAUUCACCAGUAGCCUCACUUGCAUGAGAUUUGCCGAAGCAAAGAAGGCCUUAGUUUUGGGAACCAUGGUACAAAGAGAGAAGAUGCGUAGGAUUUUCGAAUACACUGUCUUCCAGCCCAUUUUCCUGAUUCUUUGCCCUGCCAGCCAAGAGUGUUCUCAAAACCAACAGUGACUACCUGGUUUCUAUUUUUUCAGAGCUGUAGGUUUCAACAGAUACCUCCAUAAGUUCCACAGCAAGAUCUGACACAGUUUGAGAAUGCUCUCUGAAGUACUGACUCCACUCUUUAGAUUAUAUUUGUAUAAGGUCUAAUUUGUAUAGUAAACACCUUGUUCUGUUAAUACUGUAGUGACUAUAUGUUCCUGAUUCCACCAACUCAGCUACAAUGAUGCAGUCAAAAGGAAUCACAUGGGAGUUUGUUCCUCUGCUGCUCUGACCCAGUCCUUCCAUGUGAGAAUUAGCAUCUUUCUCUUAUCAGGCAGAUUGUGGGUGUUUCUGAUUACUCACAGCUGAACAUAAUUCCUCAGUACAUUUUCACUUAUAUUUGUGUGUGAUUUAAAACAAUGUUUAUUUUUUGGUUUGUUGAUUCUGUAAAUGUUUCUUAGAAAUAUUUUAUUAACUGUUCCAGACAACUUGUAUACUAACAAAUAUUAUUUUUUCCA